GCCGGCACCAUGAGCCCGUCCUUCCUCCUUCUCCUCCUCGCCCUGCCCGCCCGCGCCCGGCGGGAGCAGGUGCUCGGCGAGGCGCAGCGGGGCCACAACGCCCCUGCGCCUUCCUCCUCCUCCUCUUUCUCUUCCUCCUCCUCCUCCUUGGCGGCGGCGGCGGCGGCGGCGGGGCCGAGCCGCUUCCCGCGGAGCCGCCCGGAGCGGCGGCGGGGCCGCCUGUACUGCCGAGUGGGCAUCGGCUUCCACCUCCAGCUGCACCCCGACGGCCGCGUGGACGGCGCCCAUGACGCGAGUCCGCUCA